CCGUUUCCUUGACCAGAAGCGGAAGGAACCCUUUCAGGCCGGCAUGGCGGCGGCGUGGCUGGGCUUCCUGCUCCUAUGCGGCCUGGUUGCCUUCGGCGCUUCGGCGCCGGUAGGCACAGAGAAGGAUGGCUCGGAGAAGGAACGGAUUCCUGACCCAGGGACUCGCACUGACAUUGCACUUCCUGGGCACCCCCAAGGUGAUGAGCCUCAUGCACAGUCUUCUCCCGAAAAGCCAAAAGCUGAUGAUACCGAUCAAUCUCCCCAACAGGCAGCUGCCCCUGGAAGCUCCAAAGGUGAUGAGUCUCAUGCACAGUCUUCUCACGAUAAGCCAAAAGCUGAUGAUACCGAUCAAUCUCCCCAACAGGCAGCUGCCCCUGGAAGCUCCCACGGUGUUGAGUCUCAUGCACAGUCUUCUCCCAAUAAGCCAAAAGCUGAUGAUACCGAUCGACCUCCCCACCAGGCAGGUGCCUCUGGAAGCUCCCACGGUGUUGAGUCUCAUGCACAGUCUUCUCCUGAUAAACCAAAAGCUGAUGAUUCCGAUCAGUCUCCCCAACAGGCAGCUGCCUCUGGAAGCUCCAAAGGUGAUGAGUCUCAUGCACAGUCUUCUCCCGAUAAGCCAGAAGCUGUUGAUUCCGAUCGACCUCCCCAACAGGCAGGUGUCCCUGGAAGCUCCAAAGGUGAUGAAUCUCAUGCAGAGUCUUCUCCCGAUAAGCCAAAAGCUGUUGAUUCCGAUCAGUCUCCCCAACAGGCAGGUGUCCCUGGAAGCUCCAAAGGUGAUGAAUCUCAUGCACAGUCUUCUCCUGAUAAGCCAAAAGCUGUUGAUUCCGAUCAGUCUCCCCAACAGGCAGGUGUCCCUGGAAGCUCCAAAGGUGAUGAAUCUCAUGCACAGUCUUUUCCCGAUAAGCCAAAAGCUGUUGAUUCAGAUCAACCUCCCCAAGAGCCAGAUGCCCCUGGAAACUUUCAAGAUGAUCAGUCUGAAGAAGAUCAAGAGGACGACAAAGAAGGUGGAGAGGGGACUCUUGAAGACACCCAGCCUAAGCAUGAUAUGGGGAACUCCCGGGCUAGUCCAACGCCCAAGAAUGGACCUGAAAACAGCCACUUCUUUGCCUAUUUGGUGACCACAGCCAUUGUUGUUGCUGCCUUAUAUAUUGCUUACCACAAUAAACGAAAGAUUAUUGCCUUUGCUCUCGAAGGGAAAAAAUCGAAGCUAACCCGAAGACCCAAAUCCAGUGACUAUCAGCUACUGGAACCAAAGAUCUAGAGCAAACCCAGAAAUUCUUACGUGAUGCUGUGUUGAAUAAAAAAAACCUUGUUCCCAGUAUGGGCACACACAAAACAUGGAGGAAGUCUUGCCUUCCGUCAUGAAUGAGUACAGCCCUGAAGCCUAUCAGCUCUGCUGUUGUGCCCCGGGGGAGGGAGGAGCAAGAAGUGCUUUUUCUUGUGCACGUGCACUUUGGAAAUGAUUAUGCCUCAGUCUUUCUAUCCUGUGUUUGUACACCUUUUGGCUACUUGAAGUUGAACUGUGUCCCCCCAUACUGCAACAGAAGAGCCCAAAGGGGAUAGUGUGUGUGUGUGUGUGUACAUCUCUCCAAAUGAUGUGGUAUAUGAUUUCUACUGUGUCAAAGGGCUGGAUUUAGGAGGCACUGUGUCUAUUGAAUGCACAGCUUGACUUCCUCGCCUCCUGGCUUCCUGGCAUUUUCAUAAUAAUUGACCUGGUGAGUUUGUAGUUGACUUUGAUGAAGGCUGUCGACUGCUGUCCAUGGUAUUGAACCAGAAGUUCCCUUUGUGCUCCAUUGAGGUAGCUGAGGCAUGUUUUGCCACACAGACCAUUUGGACGUCUUCUGUUGGUAGAUGGCAAUUUUGAGAAAUAAUUAUUCAACAACAAAACUGCUUGAGAUGUCAGAAUACGUGAAAAGGCAGGAUCAUCAUGCUCAGCUUGUACUUCCUAAUUCUUGAUUGAUUUGGCAUAUUUCUGAUUCACUAGAGACUAAACGUCAAAUGAUCAGGAAGCUACUGGUAUAAAAGACUUUGGUUUGGGGGUGUUUGAAUCCCUUUCCUCCCCUCACUCUGUGCCAAACUUCUUAGAGAAGAAUCUUGAUUGAUUGGUAAAUCGAUAGUGCCAUAUCCCCAUUCUAAAAUGUCACAGGAGGAUGGCAGUUGUGUCCGGGGCUGUUCCAAUCACCGAAGGCCACAAAUAAUUUAAAGAUUAUAUACCCUUGGCUGAUCAUUUUCAAGGAAAAUAAAACUGUAAAUAUUUUCUGUUUGUUGUGACAAAUGCACUGUCUUAGCACUUAAGAGACCCUCGCUUCUAAAAACCAAGAAUUUAAUUGCUUGUUACAUAAGUCUAAAAGUGUUUCUUCACUUCAGAAACCUAAUUUGAGGCACUGCUUCUUAAUUGGGAAGAGCACUUGUGUAAAAUAGAUCACCAAUGCACCACUGAAAAUAGUAGUUCAUGAGUGUGUGUAUGUGUAAUUGCAUAGCAGUGCUGUUUUCUUUCCUAAAUCUGAAUUUCUGGUAAUUCCACAGAGCAGGUUGUAAUGCACAACAGCCUGUUCUACAUAAUGUGAGUUUAGGUUUGGUGGCUUUCACCACACUGCAAGUAUUCUUUUAGGCUGAUUUUAUUUUUAUUCACCACGAGGAAGUGGAAAUGAAAUGUGAAUGAGAAAGUAAUUUUGAUGUUUACCUGAGGUUGCAUUUUGUCUUGUGUAUUUCCGGUCAAAAUCCUUUGCUUUCUCAAAUGGAAUGAAACCUGUUCAGCCACAAGUUGUCAUUAAACCUCUCCGAAGGACAGUGGUGGCCCCCAUCCUUUCUGCAGUUCCUUUCAACCGAUUCUGCCUGCUGAAAUGAAGCCAGUUCGUGGCAUGGAGUGCACUUCAGAUGGAGCUAUUGCAUUUUUGAAUGCUCUUCUGCGGGAAACUUGCUUAUCUGGUUGUCUACUGCGCAGUUAUAAAUUUGCAGGCCAUUAUGAGCACAGGGGAACCUUCAAACCCGAUUCUCUCCUUGCAACCCCCCAGCAGCCUGAUGUGGUGCAGUUCAAUUCCACCACAUCAUUCUGCCGCAUGGGUAGACCAGACCCAAGCCACUUUGCCCUGAAUCUUUGCUAUCUCAUGGAAGUCCAUGGGCCAGCUGUAGACCAUUUGGUUUUUAAGUAGAUAAGAAACACGCAACAAAUGGAGAGGACGGGUAUUGCAUGUCCCCACCGCCAACUGGCCAGUAAAUGACCUCUUGGUUUGCAACCAGCAGAUGAAGUUCCUCUUCUGGCACAUAGUGUAAAUUUCUGGAGUGCAGUAGGAUUUCUUGCUCCGAGCUGUUGGUGAAUAAGGACUGGUGGGUGGAUUCUGUCAUUGUGCUUGUUUCUAUAAUUCUAAAAGAAAACUGGGAAUGUUCCCACCCCCCUUCAUAUAUUUUGUGGUA